AUGGGUCGUGCUAAAAUAACGAUGAAGUUCAUCCAAAAUCAAAAAGCUCGAAAAUUAGCUUUCGUUCGGAGACAGAAUGGAUUAAUCAAAAAAGUUUGUGAGCUCUCUAGAAAAUUUGGAGUUGAAGCUUGUUUAGUUGUGUAUGAUGGCGAUGAUGGUAAUGCUAGACCGAUAACUUGGCCAGAAGACACAAUAAUUGUACACUCAAUGAUUAAAAAGUAUGAGCAACAAAAGAUUGAGACGACUCCAAAGAAGUUUGAUGUGAAUGACUAUUUUGCAAAUAGGAAAAAUAUGGUUGGAGCUGAGAUUUCCAAAUUGCACAAAAAGAUUGUGAUGAACAAGUAUCCAACAUGGAGUCCAUGUUUCCAUACAAUGGAAGGAGAGCAACUUAAAGGCUUCAUUGAUAUCGUAGAUGCUAAGAUUCAAGCUUGUAAUAACAAAAUUAUCAUGCUAAAAAACAUGCAACAAAGUGAUAAAACUCAACAAAAUAUUGCCUCCACACACUCAAGUCAACUUGAUCUCACGCAUAGCAUUUCUCAAAUGCAAUAUAUCUCUUGUGAUCCUAUAGAUAAUAUGAUGGUUGAACCUCAUCAAGAACAUGCUAAUAACCUUGAUGAAUUUCCGCAGUUAGAUUAUAUGAUGCUUAAACCUCAGAACUCGACUUCUGACCUUGCAAGUUUUGAAGAAUGGGCUACUCAACUGGAUGAUGAUGAUACUGAGAAUUGGAAUACUCAACUUGAUUUGUCUUCCUGGCAAGAUAUUUCAUUUAUAUCCUAG